AUGGCGGUGGCUUCAUCUGCCUCCAGAGGAGGCCUGCCGAAGCAGACCAGCGGCACUGCCGUCUCCAAAGGCAAAGCAUCGACAUCUACCAAGAUUGAAGCCACUGCAUCAAGGACAAGGAAUACCAGUGGUGGUGAUAGCGGCGUGACGGGAGGGGGUCGCAUGCUCAUAUAUUGUGAUGGGAAGAACGUCACACCCAAGAGCUUAGUGCCAUCCCAUUACCAAAAGCUCGGAGGGGCUGAUCAGACCAACCUGGAUUCCAUUGGAAUCUUGGGAACUUCUCCUUCAGCCUUGCCAACACACGAAGAGGAGAAGGUGGUGCCAGACAAGCCGCCACCAACAGCCGCGGAGAUCAAAGCCAAAGCGCCAAAGCAAGCCACGUUAUCCAAGGACGAAUUGGAGCGCCCGAUUGACAUUGUGCUCAGUGAGACACAGACUGAGACGCUUUUGGUGUUUCCAUCGCUCUGUGUAUCUCUGGACAAUCCUCAGUCUGGAUCCGUCGCUUCUCGAAACAAGGCCUACGAGGAGCUGUGUGCUUCAAAAGCAGACAGUGACCAGUACAAGGAGCAGCAUGCGCAGACCAUGAACCAGCCUCACAAAAGCAAGGAGGUGUUUGCAGCAGCUCCCAACACAGAGCAUGCCGAAGUGAAUGUGACAGGCUGGGACAUUUAUGAUGCCUUUGCCACGGCACCUGUGCCGAAGCAUGAGCAAAUUCAGCAGGCAUGCGAGAAGGAGUCCCAAGCUGCUGUCAGUGUGGCGGUGAAGAAGCCCGGCUGCUUGUUCACCAUGCAGGAGCCUUAUCCCGUCUCCGAGCUGCCCAAGGAGGUCAAGCAGAAAACCGGGGGUGAUGGCGGCAGGCGCGGCAUUCGAAAUGCUCCCAAUGCUUCAGGGACUCUUCGAGCUGGAAUCUCGGCUGGGCCGUCCGCACUUGCCGGAGGUGUGACUGCGGAGACUCAGCAUGGCUACCCCUCUGCAGCCCAAACGGAUCCUUUGGCACCAGGUGACACUCUGCCAGGGCAGGAUGAAGCAGAAGCUGUUUUGAGGGAGGAGCCCGAGGCGGGUGACAAGAUUCCUUGGCAGGUCGGCGCAGAGAAUCCAAUCCCAGACGAGAUGGCAAAAUCUUUGCGUGUGAUGGAGCGCAUUGUUUCGCAGAAUGUUUUCCACAGACAGCACAUGAUUUACAGAAACUAUCCUACACUUGAUGAGCUUGCAAGACUAGAUGAGAUUCGAAUGGAGGAGGCCAUGGGCACAGCAGGCACAUCUGGCUUUGGGGAUGUCUCUGUAGCAGAGGAUGCGCCAGUUGCCGAGCCUGCUCCAGUUGGAGCUGGCCUUGAGGUGGAUACAGGUGAUGCAGGUGAGGACGGAGCAGAUGAGUUGGCGGAGGAUGCGAUUCCUGAGGAGAAGGAUGCCGAUAAGCCAGCAUUGCAAGAUUUAUUUUGCUUCGAUGCCCCGCAGCUGACCCAGGGCAUGACAGUGACCUGUGCGGAGUGGAACAGCAACAACAAAGACUUGCUGGCAGUCUCCUAUGGCGACACCGCCCCGGUCCCCAUCAAUCCUGGUGGUCUCGUGCUGUUUUGGUCCUUGAAGAAUCCCACCUACCCCGAACGGGUGAUUCGAACACGACACGGCGUUACAGCCUUGCACUUCUCAUCGAUUCACCCCAACAUGGUAGCUGCAGGUACCCAUGAUGGCUCCGUCAUGAUUUGGGAUCUGCGCCGGCCAUCAGACACCCCGGUGCUUCGAAGUGGAUCGUCCGUCUCGUCGCACAACGACCAGAAGCAUACCGACAUCGUUUGGGAGACACGUUGGGUUGACCAAGGCCCAGACAAGCAGCCCCCAGAGUUACUUGUUUCAGUUAGCAGUGAUGGCAACGUGCUUCAGUGGUCUUUGAAGAAAGGCCUUGAACAAAUGUUGCUGAUGCCCCUCAAGCGCAUCGCAAACCCGUACUUGGGCGCAAACUGCGUUUACAAGCACAAAGAGGGAAUUGUGUUCAGGAAAAGCAGCGGAUUCUGCAUAGACUUCCCACGGCAUGAUCCCUCCACCUAUCUGGUUGGUACAGAGGAUGGCUUGGUGCACCGAUGUUCAACCUCCUACAAUGAGCAGUACUUGGACACAUACUACGGCCAUUCUGGACCUGUGUACAGGGUCAGAUGCAACCCAUUCAUGUCUCACGCCUUUCUGACGUGCUCGGCAGAUUGGACCAUGAAGCUGUGGACCACCAAGCCGCCUCCGGGACAUCCUCCAGAAACACCGCUCCUCACAUUCCAGUCCACAGACCUCUAUGCCUCAGUGAACGAUGUCAUAUGGGCCCCGCAGAACUCCACAUCCUUUGCGGCGGCCAUGGACGAUGGACGCAUCGAACUGUGGGAUUUAGCUGAAAAGCCGCUUGACCCCAUUGUCGUGCAUUACCCCCAGGAAGACAAGCCUCAAAGGAGACGAACAUGUGUUCGCUUCUCCCCAAACUCGCCUGUGCUUGUGGCUGGCGACGACCAGGGCAGUGUGGAUGUAAUGCGAAUGUACAACACAAACCAGGCCUAUUACUCGGACCAAGAGCAGCAGGAUCGCUUGAGCGCAGUAAUGGUCAAGAAGCGGUCUUUCCCGCCCAUGCGUGUCUCAAAGCAAGCAGUGAGCAAGGGCUUCCAGACUCUGCUUCAGUUCGCUUUGGCUGUUCAGGACCGUAUGGAUUUGUUCACUGUGGUGAAGCUCAUCAGUGAGCGACGUGGCUGGAUCCUGAGCAACGAUGGCUUCGUUCGACAGCUGGUGCACCCAGGCUUGACUGAGGCCUUGAUGCAGCUUGCCCGAUCAGAAGAACUUCUGAAGCCAGCUGCGCGUCCGCAACUGGACGUCGUGCAUGAGGACUGCGACAAGCCAACAAAGCCGAGCUGCGCAAACAAAAGGGCGGCCUCAGAGCAUUGCCAUGCAUCAAAGCUUGGCCGCUCUUUAUCGAGGAUGUCAUCCUUUUCUUCAGAUGCAGCUGGAGAAGCUGCAGCAACACUGCAGCGGACUGCCGCCCAAGACGGCCGGCUCGUUCGCAAGUUGUCCAAAUCUUCAAGCGCGCUGUCAGACAUCUCGACGGAUGAGACAGAUGCGAAGGUCCCAAGGACGUCCUCUUACCAGCCGCUGCAAGCACGCACUAUCUCAGACAAAGAGCUGGGAUACGCCUCCCGGCUUCCACGUCAAGAUUCCGUGUCCCCAGAGCUGAAGAAGAUCCGCCCCAUCCAAGACGUAAGGGAGGGGCGGGCUGGGAUGAAGGAUGGCACGUAUCUCUACGUUGUCAUGCUCGGUGACCAGGACAACAUUCGGCUGAUACAUGAAGACUACUUGGUGCAUGAGGGCGUCCUCGCUGGUCACACCUCGCUAGUUCAAAGAAACGAGUUCACGCGCGGAUGGGCCAAGCAAUGGGACAGCAACGACCCGCAAUUCCGGCACACAGUACUUUAUGCCGGCGAGCUAGAGUAUGCGGAAGGAGAAGGUGUUCUCACGUGGAAUAACCACUCGGGGCACUACACUCCGGCAGCGGCAGACCAUGUUCGCGUGCACCUUGAUCCAGCAACUUUCGUGGCAUUUGAUGAAUAA